GGAAGACAAUCCUUGUCACACAUUCAUCAGACUAUUCGUACGGUAUUGAAUCAAGUGUCUAAUAACAAUUACUGGUGAAUGCUUCCGCCUAGCUUACUGACUCAUAUUGCUUCUCCAUAUAUUCCCCAAGUGUACGAACUAUUUCUUAGAAACGGUUCGCUCAUCGAUAUAUUGCGGGACUUUGAGGCGGCCGAUGCCCCGAUCAGCGCAUCUGGACUAAUACAGCAGCCCGCAUCGCCACCUAAUCUUCUUUAAUCCACCGAAAAUUUAUCGAGAAGGGCGCAAAGGGCACACCUAUAAGGACACACUUAAAGUCCCCUUGGAGGCCAUUUGAUCACCUUUUCUACGGGCCAAACUUCUCCAUGGCGGAGGAAGAUACAGCAGAUGAGCGGGUAGAAGAGCUGGAAACCCUCCAGUCGAUAUAUCCAGAACUUGAAAUCAACCUCGAGCAACCCACCAGGCCAUCUGCAAGGAUAAACCUCCAGGUUUCUCCUAUUGCGCCUCUUCAGAUUAUCUUUGAACCGGAAUCCGCCAUCCAUCGGUUAUCUUAUCUGCCUCCACUAUUGUUGGAUCUCAUCCUUAUCGAGAAUUACCCACUACAGAGUCCUCCGGAGGUCAAGCUCACAUCGUCUUGGAUACCAAAACCAACUCUUCAAAAGCUAGAGAAAGAAGCAUCCUCGCAGUGGGAAGAGUAUGGCGGGAUGCAAAUGAUAUUUGCCUACAUCAGCUAUCUACAAGAAGCUGCGGAGUCAAGUUUUGGGCUGAGCAGCCUAAAACUUCCCAUCUCCUUGAAAAGCGCUAUACUGGAUUACAAUGACCAAAUGAAACGAGAGAAAUUCGACCACGAGACAUUUGAUUGCGGGGUCUGUCUGGAGCCGAAGAAAGGAUCUGCGUGUUAUCAAAUGCAACGAUGCGGUCACGUGUUUUGCAAAGCUUGCUUGCAGGACUAUUACAACAACUGCAUUGCGGAAGGAGAUGUGAAUAAUGUUAAAUGCAUGGCUCCUGACUGUGGAAAGACUGGCAACGCGGCAAUAGACCGUCAAAAGAAGGAACGUCUUGUCUCGCCAAAAGAGCUACUACAGAUACCACUGUCUUUCGAAAAUGUAAAGCGAUAUGCUGAGCUCAAGAGGAAGAAGAAGAUCGAGGCAGAUCCCACGAUCGUGUUCUGUCCCCGAUCAUGGUGUCAAGGUGCGAUGCGGACCGAGAAGUACCCCAAGAUCGUAGACGUCAGCCAGAUGGAGGAGGAUUCAGACGACGAAGUUAUCGCUGAGCCAGCAAAUGACGGCGCUGGUCAAGAAGAAGGCCAGGAAGAGCAACCCAAGAAACUGACUGAUAAAGAGCGCGACAAAGAUCGAUUAGUGGUAUGCGAAGACUGCAACCUUGCGUUUUGCAAACAAUGUCUAGCUUCGUGGCACGGCGACUACUACCGCUGCAUGCCCCGACAACCAAAGGAUCUCACGGAGGAAGAUCAAGCUUCGCUCAAUUUCAUCCUCGCCAACACUUCGCCAUGUCCAGAGUGCACAGCUCCGUGCCAGAAAUCUUAUGGUUGCAACCACAUGACUUGCUUCCAGUGCAAGACGCAUUUCUGCUACUUGUGCGGAGCGUGGCUUGAGCCUGGCAACCCUUACAAGCAUUUUAACGAGAAGCGUAAUAAGGGCUGUUACCAGCGGUUGAUGGACUUGGCAACGGGAGAUAACGGCGACGGGGGGGUUCAGUUCGGCGGACGCCGUGGAGCAGAGCAGCAGGCGGAGUUCUGGGAGCGAGAGGCACUGCGGAUACAGAUGGAAGAGCUGGAAUGACAGGAGUUAUACAAGCGUAAAGUAUAUCUAGUUUCAAAGGUGUACAUAACAAUCUACACAAUUACAAUGAUGUAUUAUGACCA